AUGCAGCAAGGCCCGCCGUCAAACGGUGGGCGUGGCAGAGGAAGUGGAUACGGCAGUGCUGGAUAUUCCCAAGGUCCUCCUCCUGCUGGCGCUGUUCCUCCAACGGCCGGGGGCCCGCCGCCUCAUGCGCGAUAUGGCUCGGUCAGUUCCCCGCCAUUGCAGCCCGAAGACUUUUCUCGACCCCCUCCGCAGCAGCGGUACAACAAUUACGGAUUUUCUCCACCGCCCCAGCACCAAGCGUUCGGUGCUCCUCCUCCACCGCCACAGGGCUACCACAAUCGACCGCCAGUCUCGUCUCGGCCCCCGUCCAGUCCGAUUGUGGCGCGAGACGCGUCUGAAGCCUCGCUCAUUCCACUGUUCCAAGCCGUUGACAAAAACGGCUCUGGCGAGUUGAGCGAGCGCGAGCUCGGAGCCGCGUUAAUCAAUGGCGAUUGGACACCGUUUGAUCCGCACACGGUCAGGAUGAUGAUAAGAAUGUUUGACAGUGAUCGCGAUGGCACAAUUGGUUUCAGCGAGUUCUGUGGUCUAUGGAACUUUCUCGCUUCAUGGCGCGCGCUGUUUGACCGCUUUGACGAAGAUCGUAGCGGAAACAUUAGCUUCGAUGAGUAUUCCAAAGCUCUUGUCGCAUUCGGAUACCGCCUCACUCCGCAAUUCGUACAAACGCUCUUCCGAACAUAUGACAAACGCGGAGCAAAUGCCAUUUCCUUUGACGUCUUUGUCCAGUCCUGCAUCAGCCUCAAGCGCAUGACAGACGUGUUUAAAAAGUAUGACGACGACCGUGACGGGUAUAUCACGCUGAGCUUGUACGUUUCCCUUCCCAGUCCUUUGAAUAAGUUUUACCUCAUCUUUUGCUUGCCAACGAUGGUGAUUCCCUUCACCCUUGUCUUUCCUGUGGAUGCUGGUCGUCUAUUCGAGACGAUCUUGAUUUACUCGCGCCAUUUUUUUUCUUGUCAUACUAUACUCGUCAUCCUGUAUCAUCAAGCAUACCUUAGCUAA